AUGGGCGGGACCACAAGCUCAUCGGAAUAUGCCACCCAGGAAAAACAGCAGAGCUCUUCACCCACAGUUACAUCAACGCAAGAUGGCGAUUCACCUCUGUCAAACCUUGAAGCAGUCCCGACGAACACGUCGUACAUCCCGCCUUCACUUCCUCCAUGGCGCCGCCACGCAAUAAUGUUUGCACUUUGCAUGACCCUUCUUCUCUCCGCUCUCGACGUUACAAUCAUUGCAACCGCGCUGCCCACAAUCGCAUCAACCCUUCAUGCGUCAGCGGCUCAAUAUGCAUGGGUCGGAAGCUCUUACACUCUUUCAAGCACAGCGUCGACGCCGGUCUGGGCGAAAAUGUCGGACAUUUUCGGGCGCAAGUGGACGAUCAUGGCGGCAGCGGCGACUUUCAUGGCAGGGAGCUUGAUUGCGGCGUUGGCGGGAUCAAUCUCGGUUCUUAUUGUCGGUAGGACGGUUCAAGGACUCGGGGGAGGCGGGUCUUUGGUUUUGGUGACGAUUCUAAUUGGCGAUUUGUUCAAGUUGGAGGAAAGAGCCAAGUAUUACGGAAUGACUGGUAUCGUAUGGGGUAUCGCGAGCGGCGUUGGACCGAUACUCGGCGGUGUGUUUACACAGACGAUUGGUUGGAGGUGGUGUUUCUACAUCAACCUUCCAUUUGACGGGAUCGCUCUCCUAGUCCUCUUCUUUGUCCUCAAAGUAGAAACGCCCAAGGAAUCCUUCCUAACCGGUCUUCAAGAGUUAGAUUGGACCGGCUUCGCACUAAUCAUAGGCGGAACGAUAUGCUUCCUCUAUGGCCUCGAAACUGGCGCAGGUGGUCUCCUCGCUUGGAAUUCGGCGCAGGUCAUAUGCCUCAUCGUCUUUGGCGUAUUAAUACUCGCCCUCUUCAUGGUCUGGGAGGCGCGCUUCGCCUCGAACCCAAUCAUUCCCUUCCGCAUUUUCCAAAAGGUCACCAACAUCGCCUCAUUCGCUCUUUCUUGCAUUCACAGCUUUGUUUUCAUCUCAUAUGACUACUUUCUCCCACUGUACUUCCAAGUGGUAUUGGGCUUUCGUCCCAUCAUUGCUGGAGUGUCGCUUUUUGCGUUGCUCAUUCCCCUGACAAUAAUGACAAUGCUUGGGGGGCUGUUCACCCGAAGAACAGGAAACUACAUUAUCCCAAUAUUGUUCGGUUCUGCUCUUAUGACCCUCGGAAACGGUCUCUUUAUCACGUUCGACACAAGCACCAACUGGGCGAAAAUGAUCGUCUUCCAAAUGAUCACCGGCAUCGGAGCUGGCGUGCUCUUUCAGAGUCCUAUGAUCGCUAUACAGACACAUACUCAUCAGAAAGAUAUCCCAGCAGCCAUGUCUGCAUUCUCGUUUUUCAGAUCUCUUUUCUCAUCAAUGUCGAUUGUCAUCGGGACGGUGUUGCUCCAGCGAAAUCUGGGCGGGGGAGGAUUGACAGCGGGACAAAUCCACUCGGAAGACGCCUCUGGAGAAAUGGGAAGUACGGACAGAGAGAGAUAUGUCUCUUCGUUGCAUGUGAUGUGGGCUUUUUUCACAGGCAUGGCCGGUUGCAUGCUUUUCGCAGCGGUGUUUAUCAAACAGAAACCUAGAAAGGCAUCUCCGCAGCCUGAGAGCUAG